AUGUUCUCUAUAUCAUUAAUUCAAAUAUAGUUUACUUCAUUUAAUUAUUCAUUAAUUGACUAAUAAAAUAAUUUACAAUACUAUUUAAGAAAAGGUUUUGAGAGAUGUUUUUUUGUUGAAUUUUCUAAAAAUUAAUUUUAUUUUACAGAGUGUCAUAUUGCUAGCAUAUUAAAAGAAGCACCAUUUAAUUCUAAUAGAAAUAUAUUUGUAUAAGGAAUUAUUAAAAUAUUUAAUUAUUUGUGUAUAGACCUCCUAAAAAUUCUUUUCAUGUGUUUAAGAAUGUAAUUCUUAAAUAUAAAUAGAAUUCUGCAUCAAAAAUAUUAUUUUUGGAAGAAAUUAAGAUUUUAAAGGAGAAGUAUUUUCUAAUUUUUUGAUCUUAAAGCUAUUGAAGAUUUAAAUUAAAAUUUGUAAGAUUUAGAAUUAUAAAGUACUAAUACAAAUUAUAUUAUUGUUGAUGAUGUUGUUUAGAAAAAGAAGGCUAAUUUCUAAAAACAUAUUAAUACUAUUAUUUUAGAAUUUUAGAGAAUUUUCUAAUAUCAAUUGCAAAAAAGAUUUAAAUAUAAGCAUUUAUUCAAAUGGCUUUAAUUUUUGGGUCUAAAUUUUACUUCUAUAUUAUUUGAUUUUUACAAGAAAAAAUAAUUUUAAUGA